GGAGCUCUGCGGGUGGACGGUGCGCUUGCGGAAGAGGUCCUUGCUCAGACCUCCCGAGAUGUCCGAGGGCAGAUCUCAUAUUUUGGAUUCCGGCUGUAUUAUAACGAAUGACACUUUGACAUCCGAUGUCAUUGGCCGAAGAGUUGAAGUUAAUGGAGAAUAUGCAACAGUGCGUUUUUCUGGCAUCGUCCCUCCUGUGGCAGGAUGCUGGUUAGGAGUAGAAUGGGACAAUCCCGAGAGAGGAAAGCAUGAUGGGAGCCACGAAGGGACUGUGUAUUUUAAAUGCAGGCACCCAACAGGAGGAUCCUUUAUUCGUCCUAACAAGGUAAAUUUUGGAAUAGACUUUCUUACUGCAGUUAAGAACCGCUAUGUGUUAGAAGAUGGACCAGAGGAAGAUGGAAAAGAGCAAGUCGUUAUCAUCGGAAGUAGACCUGUGGAAACUGUCGGCUUUGACUCUGUUGUAAAACAGCAAAGUCAGCUGAGCAAGUUGCAAGACAUUUCUCUGAGGAACUGUGCAGUCAGUUGUGCUGGUGAAAAAGGAGGAAUUGCCAAGGCGUGUCCUAAUAUUAGAAAGGUAGAUUUGUCAAAAAACCUGUUGUCAUCGUGGGAUGAAGUGAUACAUAUUGCGGAUCAGCUCAGACACCUGGAAGAUGUUAAUCUCAGUGAAAAUAAACUCAGAUGUCCCUCUGGUUCCUCACCUCUAACCGGAGCAUUUUCCGCACUGAAGGUUUUAGUCCUUAAUCGGACGGGAAUAACGUGGGCUGAGGUGCUCCGCUGUGCCUCUGCGUGCCCUGUCCUCGAGGAGCUGUACCUCGAGUCUAAUGACAUUGUCAUUUCAGAAAGGCCAACUGAUGUUCUACAGACUGUCAAGUUGUUAGACCUUUCUUCGAAUCACUUAAUUGAUGAAAGUCAGCUGUUUCUGAUAGCGUAUCUGCCCAGAUUAGAACAACUAAUUCUCUCUGACAUUGGAAUUUCUUCUAUACAUUUUCCAGAUGCUGGAAUUGGGUGCAAAACAUCAAUGUUCCCAAACUUGCAGUACCUUGUAGUAAAUGACAAUCAGAUAUCACAAUGGUCAUUUAUCAACGAGCUAGACAAGUUACGGAGCCUGCACGCUUUGUCCUGCAACAGAAACCCGCUGACUGAAGGCGACAAAGCAGCACAGACCACGCGGCAGCUCAUCAUCGCCAAGAUCGGUCAGCUGAGGACCCUGAACAAGUGUAAGAUUCUGCCAGAGGAAAGGCGCGGGGCUGAGCUCGACUACCGGAAGGCCUUCGGAAACGAAUGGAAGAAGGCUGGGGGACAUCAGGAUCCAGCCCGAAACAGACCAGACGAAGCGUUUCUCGCAGCCCACCCCAGAUACCAGCUGCUCUGCCUUAAAUACGGUGCACCGGAAGAUGGGGAACUCAAAAUACAACAACCAUUUAUGCUCAAAAACCAGCUACUAACACUGAAGAUAAAAUGCCCUAAUCAACUUGAUCAGAAAGUCCUAGAGAAACAACUGCCAGACUCCAUGACAGUUCAAAAGGUGAAGGGACUGCUGUCACGUCUGCUCCGAGUUCCUGUGUCAGACCUUCUGUUGUCCUAUGAAAGUCCCAAAGUAAGUUGCCCAGCAAAAUACAAAGUCAAGCUCACUUUUCCACAUGAUGACGUUAAAUUGUCUCUGUGUAACAGCUGGAUUCUAAAUGGGAGACCACAUAUGCCUGCAUAUAUAGUGUCUUUAAGGGUAACCUGCUGCUUGGGGGAGAGUGUGUAACAUGCUUGGUCAGAUCUGUCUGAAUCACACCUCUCCCCACCUUUGUUCUAAUUUCAGAUGCCGGGCAGAGAAAUUGAACUGGAAAAUGACCUACAGUCAUUACAGUUUUAUUCUGUGGAAAAUGGAGACUCUCUAUUAGUGCGAUGGUAACAACCAGCUAAUAAAGUUUAGAGACUAGACUGCUUAUCAUGUCUGGGGGUCACCGGAAAUAAAUGAUUUCUUGGAACAAUGCCACUGUCAAAAAAUGAAGUUUUACAACUUGCCCUAAGGAUAACAAAGGAUGUAUUUUUUGUUGGGAAGAGCCCCUUUCUAGGCUUGUAUGUAUAAUAGCAAUAGUAAAGGCCUUGAACCUACUAA